GACAUAGAUAAAUUGGCAAAAUGCAAAACUUUACAAUUUUUUGGGAAUUAUAAACACAAAAAUGAGACUUUUGAUUUGACUAAUUUAAGCAAAAAAAAAGUGAGAAGAUGAUAAUUUUAUGGAAAAUCAAAAAGCAAGAGAAAGUGAUAUUUUUUCUCAAUUUUAGAUAAAAAAGUUAGACUAUUUGGCAAUUUUUUCUGAUGAAAAACUUUUGAUAAUUUUCGGUGAAAAAGCCAAACUUUCGGAUACUGAUUUUUUUUUUGGGUGGGGGGAAGUAAGUUUUUCUGAGCAAUUUUGCUAAGAAGUGAGAAAAAGUCAGACUAUUUGACAAUUUCAGACAAUUCUUGGCAAAAAAGCGAGACUUUUAGGCAUUUUUUUUUGGAAAAAUUAGGACUUUGGAAUUUUUUGCGAGAAACCACAAUUUUUAGCAAUUACCCACAGGUCAUCAAACGAUGAGAAAUGACGCAUACCGGAGGUCCUUGCGAUUUUCUUGGGAGGAAGGAAAGAGGAGGGGCAAGAGGGAAAUAUUCCAACUUUGAAUUUGUCUGAAACCUGUUCCUUUUCACUAUAGCCUCGUCGUUUUACUUCUCGAGUCGAAUCCCCUAUUUUCCAAAACUCCUGCCUCGCUUUACUGGCCGUUAAUUUUCUUUUAUAUUCCAGAAUUUCAAUUUCUAGAAAAUUAUUACAUUCAAUUCGAAAAAUGUUAUAGCUGAAAAAAUGAACUUUUCACAUUCAAGUUGAACUCGAAUGGUUUUUGAAAUUAUAAACAUUCCACAGCAUUUGCCCUCGCUUUGCUCGAGACAAUCCAAUGGAUUUCGUUUUCAAACUUUUUUUUUUUUAGGAGAUUACUGUUUGGGUUUGAGAAAUGUCAAGGACUAGCAAAAUCGACUUUUUGGCAUAAAAAAUAAUUCCUUGCAAGUACCUAGUCGAUUAAUGAAUUUUUAAAACCUUCUUCCUUCGCUUCGCUGAGCCCAAUUCUGUUUUCUUGUUCAAAAUUGAAAUUUACAAAAAAUUACUUUUUAAUUUGAAACAUGCCAAGGCUAAUAAAAUCAACUUCUAACAUCAAUUUCAAAAAUAAUACUGCUGCGUUAUUUUAUUUCUUAAAUUGAAAGGAAUUUUGGAGAGAUCUUGCCUUCGUCACGUUCGAUGUUCCGGUUUCCGGUGUUCGUUGAUUGCUUUGAAAUCGAAAGAUAUCACAUCAGUGUACAAAGGUCUGAAUGAUAAAUAUUUGCCAUUGUUUAAAAAUCCAGUGUGAAUUUCUCAGCUGUUCCAAGUGUAUGUAAUAGGAUAAAGACUUUGUUCUCCUUUAGUAUGUAGUACGUGCUCUGGCCACCAGAUGGUAGUUGGCACCAUAAUCCUUAGUAAUGACGGAAUUGAAUUUUUUUAGCAUUGUCUGCCUAGUACCUAUGUAUAAUCAGGAUGACGAUGUUUCUCAACAACGCGUUGUGCGCGAAUGAAAAUAGGCUAGAAAUAAUCUAAUCAAGUAUAAAAUUUGAAAAACUCGUUAAGUAUACCUACACAAAUCUUACGUUCUUUUUUCAGUAAUACAACCAAUUUCAUAUGAGAUAAACGCGAUACUUGAACCCUACCUAAUUUGAAUUCUAAAAUGCGUUCAGUUUUCAUUUUUGUUCUUUACAUUUUACUUCACUGCAGCGGAUGUGCUUCGACAAAAAAGGUUAUUUUCAUAUAUGAUAAAGUGAAUACGACCGACUUCGAUGUAGAUUGGUUAACAGGAAAAGUGCAAACUCUUUCCGCAAUAUGUUCAAACGCGGGUUUAGAUUACCAAUUUGAAUUAUCAUUUCCCUACAAAUCGUCGAAUUUUGCAACUUCCCUAACCGAUUCCAGAAUCGAAGGCGAAUCAACAUUGAAAAAUCUUCUGCAAUGGUUAAAACAUUCUCCUCCAUAUUCUGUAAUCUAUGUCAUGACGAAUGCUACUACGCCCAGCGAUGAGACCUCAGUAGACGAGAUUUUGGAAGAAAUACAAAUCAAGAGAACAGAGGUUAACUUUCUCAUUAGAACGGAGUGUUCUCUCAAUAAAGACACUAAUACCGACUCUCUCAACAAAUAUGGACCGAUCACGUAUAUCAGCAACGGGUACAUAAUGGGUCCGGAAUCAUUUCAGUCCGAUAAGUUUACAGAGUCGAUGUAUCUGAGGUUGACUUCGGUUUCUCUGACGGCAAUACACCCGGCAAUUUUGUACAAAGAUGGCAAAAUAUAUUGCGCGGACAUGACUUCCAAUGCUGCAUGGGAAGCCAUGAUUGAUACCAAAUUAAAUUUAAACAAAUAUGAACUUAUAGCAAGAAACUUCUAUCGAAACGAAGAAGUAAACAUAAUGGAAUGGCACAUGUCAGUGGCAUAUACUAUGGAGUGGUGCGACUACUUUCAUGAAAAAUCCAUGGCACUAUAUGCACGUGACGUGAUUACUACAGGGCUCACCAGCAGUCAGUUGGAGUUCGAUUACGGGUUUUCCGCGAAAAACGUCCGUUCUUUGAAUGAGACGUACAGAAGACCAAUAAACGGAAAAUCAAACAAAAUCUACGUAUCAGCGAUCGACAAAAGUUUCCACCAAGAAUUCGUGAAUUUCCAGAUGGUUUUUUUUAAUGAUAGUAAAUCUGUAAAAUAUGUUCUGUACGGAGAAGAAAUCCCUUUGCAGCCGAUACAUGGAACGGAUUUGUUUGUAGGUUCAUUCGGGUGUGCACCACCACCUUCGCGAUAUUUUUUCAUAAAAGUAAAGAUGCAUGCAAAUCAAAAUGAAUUUACUCGACUUUCAUCCACUGCUAUGACUGUCGCAGAAGGGUUUGGAGAUGAACACCGUAAUCCGAUGUUUGAACGAAACCCAGGAUUUAGAACCACGCCAGCAUGCCCAUGCAGUACAUCAAAAGACAACGAGGGAAGUUAUAUCAGCAAGUUAUUCACGACCCCAAUCAUAUUAUCCGUUUGUAUCGGCGGUUUGUUAGGACUUUUCUUCUGUUGGAAAUUUCGAAUUUAGGUGCUUGGAGCGCGAUAAGAAAACGCUGAAACUUUUAUAUUUUUUUUGUCCUUUCAACAAACGCUUUAAUGCAGCUGUCCUGUUCGAGGAUGCAAACAAAUCUAUCCUUGGCAAAUAAGAAGAAAUGUAGAGAGAAAUAUGUGAAGUUAUUCAUAAUUUCUUCCAGAAACAUUAAAUUGCUGUGGAAAAUGGAAAGGCCAAAAAUGAACUCAAGUGCUACUAACUUUGAUUUGUUUUUAUCGAACACUCUCUCGACCAUUUACCUCAGUUACCUUAUUUCGAAAGUAUAAAAGUAAAUUUCCAAGCAGCUUGAUUUUCAAACAAUUUAAAAAAAUCAAUGGUCCAAUUCGUCCUAAAUGUGGACUCAUCUUCGAGAAAAAAAAAUAAUUUACUAUACAAGUUCCGAAAUAAUUUAAGAGCACAGGUCGUGUAUUCGUAAGCAGUAAGAAUAGAUAAGAAUGUAACGAAUUAAGUAAUUUUUAUUUAUUAGUUAAUUCUAGACCAAUAUUAUACUAUCGGUCCACCGGUAAGAUGCAACUGUAAAUUUUUGUUCAAAGAGAAAAAUAAAGAAAUUAUUCUUUUGGAAAAA